AGUUCGAUAAAAAUGACGAAGUUCGUGUGAUUCGCGAUUGAUUUAAUAAAAUUAUUGUGUUAUCGACAACAUGACAGUUUGGGAGAAAUUAGAAAAUGAAGACUGUUACGCUGUCGCAAUAUACAAUUUCAAUAGUGGUUCCCAAAACCACCUCUGUCUGGACGUUGGAGAGCUGGUGCACGUGCAGAGGGAAACACGUCACUGGUACUGGGGGCGGAGUCUUCGGAAAGAAGGCUGUGGAGCGUUCCCAAAGAGUUACGUGAUCGUUAGAGAUUGUAACGUAGACAGAUGUGGCGGAACAAUAAUAGCCUCGGCUGGUGGCAGUGGCGUUUCACACGAUAUAGCACAAACUCUCAGAGAAUGGCUUGAGCAAUGGAAGAAACUAUACAUCACAAAUGAUGAACGUUUUAAGUUCAUGGAAGUGAGCAUGCGCGCUUUAUUAGAAUUACGAAGAGAAGCCGCUAGUGGGACUCUUCCUCAAGAUCAAAUGAGAAAGGUCGCCAGGACCGCGGUGUUUACUAUAGAUAAAGGCAAUAGAGCUCUCGGCAUGGAGUUAGCAGUGAGAACAGCUAACGGACAGUUGGUGGAUCCGCUGCAGACUUCGACAUAUAGACUCAACUCUAUGCACGAUGAAGCGAAUGCUCGCAUCGAUAAGAACAUGGAAACUACUCCAACGUGUCAAUCGACGACAACUCCCCCUACAGCCCGCACAUACACUAUAGCACUUAGAGUUCACAACUUCGUAUGCAGAAUGUCUGACUCUGCAGAGCUAAUGCCGGCAUUAUACGACGCCGAGGGGAACAAACUAACCGAACAUCUGCUGCUAAGGUGGCCCGCGCAUUACUUCACUCCUGCGCAAGUCGUUUUCACGGACCUAUCGAGUGAUGUGAAGAGAGAAAAAGUAUUUUUAGUGUGCCAUGUAGUUAGAAUAGGUCCAAUGGACCCACAAAAUAUCGAUCAUAGACGCAGCUCGGUAGCCCAGCCCCCUCCUGCAGGGGGCAGCACUGGAGGUAUGCGGCGACCAUUUGGAGUAGCGGCUGUCGACAUAACGCGGCAUCUGUUCAACGACAACCCCGAUAAACAUGUGCAGGUGCCCUUCUAUGCUUGUGAAAAAGAAAAUAUGGACGAUCUACUCAAAAAAGUUCUCGCCAACCGCGAUUUGAAAAAUGCUAAGCACUCUCAGGGGCUCUGGGUGUCUUUACAGUUGGUCGAAGGGGAUUUAAAACAGAUUCGAGAAGAAAAUCCACAUUUAGUGGUUGGUAACACGGCGGUAGCUCGCAAGAUGGGUUUUCCCGAAGUGAUCUUGCCGGGAGACGCACGCAAUGACUUGUAUGUGACUUUGGUCAGUGGUUCAUUUUCAAAAGGAGGGGGUAAAUCUUCAGAGAGGAAUAUUGAACUUGCAGUGAGGGUAGUCGAUAAACACGGAAAGACUCUACCUGGUGUAAUAUCGCUUGGAGCAGGCGUGCCACUGGCUAAUGAAUACACUUCUAUAGUUUAUUACCAUGACGAUCGACCUAGAUGGCAGGAAGUUUUUAAGGUUUGCUUGAACAUCGAAGAGUUUAAAGAAGCCCAUCUAGUGUUCUUAUGUAGACACAGAAGUUCUAACGAAGCAAAAGAUAGAACAGAGAAACAUUUUGCAUUGUCUUAUUUAAGACUUAUGCAAAGGGAGGGAACCACUACUCCAGACACUAAUCACAAUUUAUGUGUAUAUAAGAUAGACGCGAAACGUUGUACCACUACGGACGUGGAGGCGGAGGCGGCGUCUCUUUGUCUCGGAUUACCUUCACGACGUGACGAGUUGCCCGCGGGUGCUGAACGUGGAUUGACACGUGGUGCUUUGUCACUCGUACACAAGGACACUCUCCUCGUACACACCAAGCUCUGCUCUACCAAGCUCACGCAGAGAGAGGAAAUUCUUGGUGUUCUAAAGUGGAGUACACAUCACGCAGAAGGUACAUUGCGUACUGCACUCACAAGAUUGUUACAGGUUCCUAGCGAAGAAUUAGUCAAGUUUUUACAAGAUAUAUUGGACGCUCUCUUCAAUAUACUUACCCAGGUCGAAGAAGAUCAGCCAUCAUACAGCGAUAAGAGUUAUGGCGUUUUAGUUUUGGAAUGUCUAUUGCGCGUAAUUUCUUUAGUGGCUGACCACAAGUAUCAACAUUUCCAACCUGUUCUUCAUGUGUAUAUCGACGAGAGCUUCUACGACGCGCUCGCUUACGAGAACUUAAUAUCGGUUAUAGUUUGGGUGAUAAAGAUGGCCGACAGUGAUGAAACGGCUCUGAAAAGAUUGCUAGUGUGUAUGAAGUGUGUGGAGAGUCUAAUCAGGAUCAUCGUGAGGAGUAGGCAGCUGAGGAGUGCUCUAGGAGACAGCACCGCUGAUGCUGACUUCUGGAAGAGAUUCGAGAGCCUACUAGAGGCGGUUGUAUGGCUGAUGCGUAGGGAAGAACAUGCUCUGACGUGUCAGGGGUCGGCGCUAAAGUUUUUACCGGCUGCUGUACCACACGCUCUCAAAGUUUGCCCUCCAGCUGAACUUAGCGCGUAUCUAGUCCGUGCGUUGGACGCGCUACCGAUGGGCCGGCUCAGCAAGCAGCGUAUGCUGGCGCUGCUAGAGCUAGUACGCGGCCCGCUGUGUGCCGCGCCCGCCGCCCGCGCGUUAUUACUGCCCCAUCUAGCGCAUACGGUGCGCGCUCUGCUCAGAGAUAAGGCAGAGGUGGAACUAUGUGUCGAAACACUUGGCGAAGUGAUGACGUUAUUGGCCCGCGAUGAUGUUGGACCCGUGGAAGCUGACAGGGGUGAGUUGGCGAAGCGUCUACUGCCAACAUUUUUCAAUACUGCCGCCACCAUGUUGAAGGAGAAGAAGACGAGUGAUAACACAGCCGAUGACCCAUUAUUGAGGCGCGUAGUCUGCGUACUUCUGGACAUGGUUCGUCAGUUGUCGGACGAACAGUAUAGCAUAGUGGUAAAAGCUUUAGAAGCUGAAAGUGCUGGAGGGUCGCGCUCAUUGCUUUCUGAUGCACUACAUCUGAUGACGGCUCUUCUACAGCGGCCGGUGUUCAGAGCACACUGGGCUGACAUCCUCCAUUUGCAACAUUAUGUUAUGCUUCAUGCUCUCAGAUUACUAUCCACAACGCUGCGCGAUCGCUUAGCGAACGUAGACGAAACUGACACAGACGCUAUAACAGCCAUACACACGAUGUGGAGGGACUGGUUCACAGCGGUGGCUACACUAGCGACGUCUACUGUUCUGCAACUGGAUACUUUACCGCCGGGGAGGAAGCAACGUGUGUUGGGCUUGUACGGGGACCUUAGGAGGUCUGCUGCAACACUACUGGGCGAAAUGUGGUUUGGUUUAGGAGAACACAAGCGAUCUUUUAUUCCAUGUUUAGUAGGUCCUAUAUUAGAAGUGAGCUUUUUGAGAGAUGAAGAAGUAAGAAAUACAACGAUACCAUUGUUCUUUGAUAUGAUGCAGACUGAAUAUUUACAUAGCAUUGCAAGUGGUGAAAGUGAGAGUCACCUGAAAGACGUGGAAAGCGAACUGAUAGACAAAUUGGACGUGUUGGUAGAAAGUGGCUUAGGGGAUUCUUCUUGGCGUGCUAAAUUCGUAUCUUUAUGUGGGGCGUUAUGUGGAGCGGCAGCGGGAGGGUUGCGAGUGGCUGCAGCGGCAUUAGUGGCGGCUGCCGCGCGGCAAUUAGAUACAUUACUGCAAUAUAGAACUGCCGCGCUCAGGUCUGCGACACCACAUCGUAUGCAUCUCACUACUAGAGUACUGCACUUCUAUGAACAAGUAGAGAGACCGCAUAUGUAUAUACGGUACGUGCAUAAAUUAGCUAAUAUGCACCUAGUAGCCCAGCAAUGGGCAGAAGCUGGACUAUCGUUAAGGUUACACGCGAAACUGCUGCAGUGGACAACUGACCCCUUACCGCCCAGAUUGAGACACCCUUCGCCCGACGCGCAAGAUCGACAUUCCACGCAUCGCGAUUUAAAGGAGUAUCUUUACUUGGAGAUAGCGGAGCUGUUGAACCGUGGUCGACAGUGGGAAUUAGCGGUGGAGAUAGUGAAAGAACUUGUGUCAGUGUACGAGGAGGAAGCACUCGGGUACGGGCCCCUAGCGGAGUUACAUUCUCAGCUGGCGGGAUUGUAUGGCGGUAUGUUGCGGACCCCGCGAUACCAUCCCGGAUAUUUUCGGGUGCUCUAUCACGGACGGGGAUUUCCACACCAUUUGAGGGGACCGCGUGGUUUCGUAUAUCGUGGUAAUGAAUACGAACAGCUUCAAGACUUCAAAGAGCGUUUACUAGACGAAUGGCCUGACGCCGACGUGCUUCCAAAGCUAGACCCACCCGGUGAAGAUAUUACAGAAUCUGAUGGACAAUAUCUCCAAAUAAACGCAGUGGAACCCGUUAUAAGCGAUAAACUCAAGCGGCUAUCGGGAAAGCCAGUAGCGGACCAAAUACUCAUGUACUAUAAGCACAAUAAUGUUGAUAAGUUUGUCUUCUCGAGGCCUUUCCAUAGACCAGAGGAAUCUUUAGACGGAUCAACGGAUGAUUUGUCUAGUCAAAAUGAAUUUGCGACGAGAUGGUUAGAAAGAACGGAACUAGAGAUCAGUGAUAGAUUACCAGGCAUCCUCCGAUGGUUCCCGGUCAUUAGCCAGAGAACGUUCUGGGUGUCGCCAAUAGAAGCUGCUGUGGAAGCUCUCAGGGAAUCUAAUAGAGCUUUGAAAGCACUAAUAUUAUCCGCUCGAGCACCCGAUGCUCCUCUACAACCGCUCACGAUGAGGUUAAAUGGUAUAUUAGAUCCGGCAGUACAAGGUGGUAUAGUGAACUAUGAGCGUGCAUUCCUCACGCCGUCAUAUGAAGCGAGACACCCAGAACACGCUGAAUUAUUACAACAACUUAAAGACCUCAUAGCUGAUCAAAUACCUCUACUUAAAUACGGCUUGGAAGUGCACGGAUCUCGAGUGCCCAGUAGUAUGGAGGCGCUGCACGCGCACUUGUUGGCGUGCUUCCGUCGCGUGCAACACCAUGUGCACCAACGGUACGGCAGGAAGAUGUGUGAAUUUGAACCUGAAACACCUGAAGUGCAGUUGAGGAGUAUGAGGGAUAGUUUACCCUCCGACCCUGCUCUGGUCAACAACAGGAUCUCUGAUAUAUCCACUGGCAAUGACUCCGCAUCGAGAUCGAAGUUUUUCAGUUUCAACAGUGCAAUUAAUCCAUUAGCCAGUAGGAACAGUAGCGGUGGAGUUGUUAGUUAUUUUGGAACUUUACAAAGUACGCCCAAGCGACGCGACAAACGAAGAGGCAGGAAGAGUGAAGUGGGCACUCCAGCGAGUGGAAGUCAGUGGUACACUAGUCACUCAACUAACGGAACGACUACGACGAACACACCAACAACGAACAAUAACAAUACUACACCUGAUACUCCUUCAGCUUCACCUCUAAGGGAGUUACGGCAAGAGCUUGUGACUGAACGACCACUCAGAGCAGUAGAGCGAGAGAGACGACUUUCGCAAAGGACUAGCUUUCUCACCUCUUCUGCGCCACCUUCAAAUAGAGACUCCAUGGGUACAACAGAUUCCAACCAAGAUGAAGAAGAACCGCCACCGCUUCCAGAAAAGUUAUCCCACAGAAGUAUGGACUUAGACGGCGAUAAUAAUAAUAAUUCUGAUACGACACCGCUCCCACCGAGAAACAACUAUGACACAGUAUGGACUCCUAGAGGUUCCUUUUUAUACAAUUCUAUAGCAAUGAGAAAGAAUACUGGUGGAGAAAAACCACCUACUCCGCCCCCUAAAAAGAAAAAUGUUCAGAACAAUAAC